CCUUUGAUUGACAUAUGAACUGUGGGAAGUUUAAAAAGUCCCUUGAUUCACAAGCUUGCUUAAUGCCUUGUCUCUUCCCACCCAAGUAGCUUGCCGGGGUCCAGCUGCAAGAUCUGCAGAAGCCUUCAAAAUGUUCUCUCAUCAUGGCACCAAAGGCCUGGGCCAACUUGAAGCCUUCAUUGAUGCAGAUGAAGGGGUGGCUUUCCAGAUGGACAACCUCCUGUUCUGGGACUCCCUGGGUACAGACUAUAACUGGGCCAUCUAUGGUCUGUUUGAAAAGAAGCAGUCAAGCAAGUUUCAGGUCACUCUUCUGCCCUCAGGAAACGUUCUGCUGAGAGACUGGAAGGACAUGUACCUUGCUCCAAGGCCCGUUGGUAGAGGCCUUAAUACCUCUCGCAUCAUAGCUGUUGAGUACUCGGAAGAUGCAUCCUUGCAAUAUGAAGUAUUUUACAGAGAGAAUAAGGUAGCUUUCCGGGCCUGUAAUGGUCUCUAUUUGUCCAGAGUCUUCAGAAGUUUCCACACUGUUGAAGCAGCCAAGCAUUCUGCAGAUGACAGCUGUUAUUUCCAGCCUAUGAUUGGUGACCUCAUUAUCCCCACCUUUGAAAUACUAAGGGUGACCACAAGUAAUCUCUCCCAAGUGAAAUGCUACCCCUGCGUCUUAAUGAAGGAGACGUAUAUCAACAGAAGUGAGGAACCGGAGAGCCACACUUUCACCAUGACUUGGGAAAUCCAAGUUGCCGAUAACCUUGUCUGGCACCACCUGUGGGGGCUUGGUGUGGCCAGCUUUCAUCAAUUUAACAUCAUGGACAUGACUGCCACAUUGGCGUACAGCCAGGACAAUGAGAGGGUUGUCACUGUGAUGCGGUAUAUUUGUGAGACGCACACAGAGCAGGUGACGGUGCCUCCCAAUAGGAAAGCCACCGCCCUCCUUCUGACUAAGAAGCAUGAUGUUGCUGUUGUAGACUUUGUGGCCAUAAUUGGAAAGGUGAAAUCGAAUGGGGAUGUUGUGACCUUACAUGAGCAUGGCACCUGGAGCGGGCUUGUCUAUCGUGAUGUCCAUCUGGAGGUCCAGAUGGAACGACUUUGUGAGUCAUGUACAGCCAUAUGAAGCUAUGGGACAGCUACCUUCUAAGGAGAACUGUGGAUUAGGCUGUGCAUGAGCUUCAUUUCUGAAGAAAUGCAUUUAUUUGCAUGUCGGCCUUCCUGGCUUGGUCCCUUGUACGAUGCUGUUCCUUUGAAGAGUUCCCUUCUGGUCGAGGUGGGAGGUGAUUCCCUCCUGGGCCAUCUCUGGUACUUCCUGUUUGCUUUCGAGUGCCUGAAAGAAGCGAUUCCCUUUCCUUAUGCCAGGAGGGAACGACUUUGUUGCUGAUGGAGAAUUUAAAUAAAUAUCACUGAACACAUUUUGGAAAA